CAAUUCUCAACCCAUGUAUAGUACUACCAAUAUGAAAUCACUAACCAUGUUCUGGGUUUCCAUGCUAAUGUUCAUUUCCUCUCUUUGUAUGAUCCAUUCUCAUCCUGAAAGAGAUUUAAUAGCGAAGCUCAAACUUCAAAACGCUUUUGGUCCGAAAGACACAGCUUUUGAUCCAAGAGGCGGAGGACCUUAUACGGGGGUUAGAGAUGGCAGAAUUCUCAAAUUUUCCAAUGGAAAUUUUGUGGAUUUCGCCAUCACGUCACCUUUUAGGACCAAGGAAAAAUGUGAUGGAACCAACGGCACAAAUUUACUAAGCAUAUGUGGAAGACCCUUAGGUCUUGACUUUAAUCGUCGCACUGGUGAUCUCUAUAUUGCUGACAUUCAUUUCGGGCUUUUAAGAGUCGGAUCAAAUGGUGGGCUUGCAAAGCAGCUAGCCGCCGGCAUAAACGGCAAAAAUUUCAUCUUUGCAGACUCUGUAUCCUUGGAUCAAUUAACUGGGGACGCAUAUUUCGUCGAAUCCGGCGAGAUAUUCCUAACAAACGACUUUGCACGAAUUGCGCAGAGCGGAGACACGUCAGGGAGACUACUAAAGUACGAGGCGGCGACGGGACAGGUGACGGAGGUGCUUACCGGGCUGGCGGGGCCAGUCGGCAAUGCAAUCAGCGAAGAUCAUACCUUCAUCUUCAUCACUUUGUUCAUCGGACGCAAGAUUAUCAAGCAUUACAUCAGAGGUCCAAAGGCUAAAACAACUGAGACAGUACUCGAAAACCUCGGAGGAAAUCCAGAAUUCGUGAAGAGGGCAACGUCGUUGUCGGGUGGUUUUUGGGUGCCUGUGAACACCCCUAGGGAGCAGCAGCCUUCCCCUAUGACGGACUCCAUUGCAGUGAAGUUCGACAGGAACGGCAAGAUUUUGGAGACGAGGAAUCUAACUAAAGAUUAUCCUAAGUUGCUUGGUUCCUAUUUUGAAUACUUCGGUAAAGCUUAUACCGGGUCAUUGGAGGCGGACUUUGUUGGUGUCUAUAGGGCAUGAUCGAUAAAGUCUAUCAAAUGAUGUUUGUCUUCACGCUUCGCCAAUCCUAAUUAUAUAAUGUCAACCUACAUGCAUGGAGUCCUAAAUCAGUGUAUAUCUCUUACAACUUGUGUUCUCAGAGUCGUAAUAAUAAAACCUUUUAAAUACCAGUGAA